CAAAACCCUAACCCUAAACCCUAACUCUUAACUAUAAAAUCCUUUCUUCAGCGUUGAAGUCUUUACAUUUCGCUGCGUUGAUAAACCCUUUGUAGCCUUACUCACCAAUCUCUUCGCAAUCUCUCUACAACUGCAAUGGCUCCUCCUGUUCGAGGUCGUGGUGGUGGAGGGUUCAGAGGAGGAAGGGGUGGUGACAGAGGAGGUAGAGGAGGAGGGAGAGGUGGUUUUGGAGGAAGAGGCGGAGAUAGAGGUACCCCAUUCAAGGCUAGAGGUGGUGGUAGAGGCGGAGGAGGCAGAGGAGGUCGUGGAGGAGGCCGUGGUGGGGGAAGAGGUGGUGGCAUGAAGGGAGGUAGCAAGGUCAUUGUUGAACCUCAUAGACAUGAGGGUAUUUUCAUUGCCAAGGGUAAAGAAGAUGCUCUUGUCACUAAGAAUCUUGUUCCUGGAGAAGCUGUUUACAAUGAGAAGAGGGUUACCGUGCAGAACGAGGAUGGUACUAAGACUGAGUAUAGAAUUUGGAACCCUUUCCGUUCCAAGUUGGCAGCUGCUGUCCUUGGAGGAGUCGACAACAUAUGGAUUAAACCUGGUGCUAAAGUCCUUUACCUAGGAGCUGCUUCAGGAACAACCGUCUCUCAUGUGUCUGAUAUUGUUGGUCCAACCGGAGUUGUCUAUGCAGUAGAAUUCUCCCAUCGAAGUGGGCGUGACUUGGUCAAUAUGGCUAAGAAGCGUACUAAUGUUAUACCGAUUAUUGAAGAUGCUAGACACCCCGCGAAGUACAGAAUGUUGGUUGGCAUGGUAGAUGUGAUAUUUUCUGAUGUUGCUCAGCCUGAUCAGGCAAGAAUUUUAGGUCUCAAUGCUUCUUAUUAUCUCAAAGCUGGAGGACAUUUUGUCAUUUCUAUCAAGGCCAAUUGUAUUGAUUCCACAGUUCCAGCUGAGGCAGUAUUCAGUGCUGAGGUAAACAAGUUGAAAGCGGAUCAAUUUAAGCCAAUGGAGCAAGUGACUCUUGAACCAUUUGAGAGGGACCAUGCUUGUGUUGUUGGUGGCUAUAGAGUGCCCAAGAAGAAAAAAGACGCUGAGUAGCCUUGCCUGUUUUAUUGAGAAAACAUGUACUAUUGUGGCACCAACUUAGGAGUUUUUUUUUUAUCACUUGCUAUUUAGGAUCUCAUUUUUGUCAAUUUUGUUUUAAAGAACACACUCUUUUAUCUUGAUGAUAACUUAUGUUAUAUUUGCUGAUGUUAACGGGUACGUACUAUGAUUUGCAUCAAAAUUACGAAAAUCCAGUGUUAUGUUUUAGUUA